GUUGGUCAUUAUUUCAGGUAUUAUGGUAAAACUACACUAACGCACAUUACGCAUGCGCAUGUCGGAUUCGUCAUUCAUCGUUCGCUGUGGCCGACAUCACGAAACCGUCAUUUUCUAAAAUCAGUUAAUUUUGCCAACGAAUUACCGCAUUACUAAUUAUAGAAAAUGCCUAACCAAGUGUUAACUAUAGAGCCGCAAAAUGAACUCAAGUUUAAAGGGCUCUUUGAGCAGGGCUACACGACGUACAUGCGGCUGAUAAACCCGACCACUGAUACAGUGCUGUUCAAGAUAAAGACCACCGCGCCUAAGAAAUACUGCGUGCGCCCCAACUCGGGUGUGCUUGAACCAAACUCCAAAGUGGACAUAGCCAUCACUCCACAGCCGGUGUUUGUUGAUCCGAAUGACAAGCACAAACACAAGUUCAUGGUUCAGAGUGUCAUCGCUCCCGAGGGCAAGACAAACAUAGAUCAAGUGUGGAAGGAAACGAGUCCCGAUCAGCUUAUGGACUACAAGCUAAAGUGUGUAUUUGAAACGCCUCGCGGAACUAAUCUCAACGACGCCGGCGACGUCCCGGCACAAAACGAAGUAUCUAAGAAACGAGUUGCGGUUGCAGAUGACGCGAAGGCUCCAUCAAAGGACGCCGUAGAAGGCCUAGUUCAAAACGAGCCUAAGGUCAAGGACGGUGCCCACACUUCUGGACCUUUAAGUGAAAACGCCGUUUCUACGACUUUGUCUUUCCCCAAAUCGGAGAAUGCUGAAAGCGACUUGCAAAAAGCGACGUCAGAGGUGAUUCUUUUGAGGGAGGAGGAGAGCAAGCUUAGACAUGAAAAUCUACAGUUAAAAGAGGAGCUUCUGCGCCUGCGCCAAGCUGGAGGCGACGGUCGCGGCGCGGCGCGGCGCCACUCGUACGGGCCGGAGAAGCACGCGCAGGCGGCCAUGAUGCCGUGGCUCGCCACCGCCGUCGCCAUGGCCCUGCUGGGCAUCAUCAUCGGCAAGUUCCUCAUGUGAACGGUAUCGUUGCCGCCGCGGUGACCGGACGCCUCACACUCACCGCUGUUACACCACUCCCAACGCCUCUUCCUCGCACAAGGCAGCUUCACCUUCGUUUAACGCCCUUCUGGCCAUGCUUCAGUCGAGAUACGCUCCUGCCGAGAGCUGUGUGACUACGCUAGACAACCCCCUUGGAACCCAUGGAACAAUCGGUAAAAACCACCUGUUC